AUGAUCGAUAUAACACAACAACAUUCAGUUGAUGUUAAACAAUUGGCACUUAAAUACGGUGCAGCAGCUCUCAUUCUCAGUAUUUUCGUACUUGUUAUUGGACCAACGCUUGCAGCCGGGGCGAUGUUAUUCGGCUGGCGACGUCUAUCUAAUACAGCAAAGAAACUUACUAGCAAAGACGAAGCCGAUGCAUUUUGGCUUAAAACACUCGAGCACUAUGGCCUAAUCCGUUUGUUAACCAAUGAUCAACUUGAACUAGUCAAUUGA